AUGACAACGCAGCUGACUCUAACGCCGUGGGUUGGCGGGAAAGUGUGGGGCGAGGCGGCCGUCGAUCUUGGAAUAAUAAAAGGAGGAAUAAGGUUGAUUGGUUAUCUUCUGGAAACAAGAUUCCCGAUGACAACGGAACUCACGUUUUCCAAAUACCCGCUAGAGGUCGGGGCGAAAAUGGACUUAAUUCUAACACCUUUACGGCUUGAACUAAGGGGGUUUGUCAAGAUUCGCCUCGUAUUUAAAACCAAAACGAUCUUCGAUCGAGCAAUAUGGAGAUACGAAGCACCCUCGAUUCAAAAGAACAUUUUUACGAAGAAAAGCCGAGAUGACGACCCAUCGCCUCCGGAAGUAUUGCCUUCCACAAUCAACGAGAGACGUCGCCGAUCAGGUCCCGAAGGCUGCAUUGUUAACCAAGUGUAUAACCGUCCCUACUAUGACACCGCCUUCACACUGGAAAUGUUCGCCCAAGACGAAGUAUCGGAGGUGAAACUCACGUACGCGAUUGGAACACAUAAAGGUGGGACGAACGUUCAAUCCUGGACAGAAAUGGGCGGGAAUACCCUCCUGGUUCCCGCAAAAUUACCCGGUGGUAUACCUCUGCAUUGGACUGUUAGCGCUACUAAUACCCAAGGACUGUCAUCCACUGUGCUGUGCUCUUUAAAUACAUACGACAGCACAUUGCCAGACGGCAGGGUGGAGCAUGCUUAUAAGUUUUCAUCCCAUCCUUCCAAAAUUGUUGCGUUCAUCAUCGUUGUUGAAGACAGUCCACUGAAGGAGAUGCAUUACAAGGCCGUUGGGUUCAGCCCGGGACAAUACGGUAACCAGUUUGUAGGAUGGGAAGAAACACGCCUUGAUAACUCUCCAUUAAGGCAAGGUGUGACCGGCGCAUUGCAGCAUUUCACGACCCCGAUGGAUGGCAAGCUGAUAGCAAAUGUCCUUAAAACGGCUAAGCCUUUGAGGACCAUAGAAUCCUGUGCAGAAUUGUGCAUGAAUCACGGAUCAAACUGCGUGUCAUUUAGCUAUGAGGAACACUCUGAGACAUGUGAUUUGCACGAUCAGGUAGCGGGGGCUAAUGCAUACUUACGUAUAAGCGGAACGUACAAAAACUAUGAACGAUUGGGCAUCGGUUAUCGCACCUCUGUGGAAUAUGAGAAUUUGCCGCUAACACAAGGCACACAGUAUUUCGUCAACGCCAAAGUAACUAACGUGCUGGGUUACGUAGAGUAUUUGAUAGGCGAAGGAACGAUGGUAGACUGCACACCGCCGGAGCCAGGCCUGAUCACGAACAACCAGUUUGACUUUAUGCGUGCUGAAGAAUGCAAUGCUUCCGUUUCACAAAGGUGCCUUGACGUAACAACGCGCGAAAACCACAGGACAAUCAUCGAUGGGCCGGGCUCUGGGACCGUCUUCAAUGGUCACCAACCAGUUCAAGACGAGAUGUACACGUUAACGAACCACUAUGUGUCCGCAAACUGGAAAGGUUUUCACGACGACGAGAGCGGUAUAUAUGCAUACACUUGGGCUGUCGGAAAAAGCGUAUGCAGCUCAGAUGUUGUCCCUUUCACCAAUCCGUACGCCCAUUUGACGAAUCCGAAAUUCUGGACCGACUCCGGUUUCCAGAAAGGCAUCCACCUGCCUGAUGGUCCGUAUUAUGUCACAGUACAGGCUCUUAAUGGAGCGGAACUUGGUGGCUCAUUGGUGACUUCAGUUUGUCAUUUCACCCCGUUCAUCGUUGACACCUCACCGCCGGUGUUUCACAAAGUAACGGACAUAAUUUAUGAUGAAGACUUUGACCUCAUAGCGAUAUACUACAAUGCCACCGACGACUUGAGUAAAAUUGCCCACGCAGAAUUCGGCCUGGGCAAGACUAAGUAUGAUGUACAACUGAAGGCGUAUGGAUUGCAUGCGCCUAUGGAACGCGAGGAUCCGUUUAUAGCUGUGAAAGAUCUGGGUCUUCAAGAAGGAAUUCCGGCAUGGAUUCGAAUCCGCGCCACAAACAAUGUGGAUCUGUUUACUGCGGGUCACGGGGAUGAGCCGAUACUGAUCGACAGAUCCCCGCCGAUACCAGGGACCGUUAUGGACGGAGACAGGCUUCGAAGAGACAGGCAGUUCCAGGCGGAUGACCAUAAGAUAUGCGCGCAGUGGAUAGAUUUCUUUGACCCUGAAUCUGGCAUCGACAGAUUUUUGUGGGGUGUCGGGACUAAGGCUCAGUUGGACGACAUUGUUAAAUUCCACAACCUGACCCGCUAUGAAAAAUCCAGCUGCGUCCCAGCAACUUUGAAGCACAACAUCACUUACUUCUCGACUGUCCUUGCCUUCAACAGCGCUUUGAAUUCAAAGCCCUGUAACAGCUCCUCGGAUGGAGUUUUUGUCGAUACCACUCCCCCCAUAGCUGGAAUUGUGCUUGACGGAAUACGGAAUACAACUGAAUUGAAAUAUAGCUCAGAAACCGUGUCAAAGCACGAACACUGGCGGGAUUAUUACGACACUGAGAGUGGGAUAACCAACUAUAAAGUUCACGUCUACAUUAACAACGAAUUGAAAAAGACUCUUGAAACAGGGACGUUUAGUGAGUUAGAAGAUCACACAAUUUCAAUGGAGCAUAAAGACGAGGUGUACUUCCAGGUACACGGGGUAAAUGGGGCUGAAUUAGAAGCAGCAGCCAGGUCCGAUGGCUUUAUGGUGGACCAUACUCCUCCAAUCAUGACUGAAAUAUCUGACAAUCAGCAUGGUAACAGAUACCAAGCAGACAAAUCAAACUUAAAUCUGAAGUGGGAUUUCCUUGACAGUGAAUCCGGCAUAGACAUGUAUAGAACGGUGGUAUACGAACACCGCCACGGUAUCAAGAAUAAAUACUGGCCUACGACUGAACGAUAUAAUGAAACAAAACCUAUGAACUCGUUCAAUGGUAAAAUGGACUGCUCACUCGGUAACUUAAAUAUGGAGGAUGGUGUGACGUAUUCUCUGCACGUUACAGCAUUCAAUGGGGCUCUGUUAGCAACGGCGCAUGAAAGCGCAGGAAUAAUGAUCGACACAACCCCACCCACUACUCCUAAGGUCAAGGUUGGACUGUCGGCAGAUGACGAGCAACUUAACGAACAAGGCCAAGUGCUACACACUGAUCAGUAUGGUAUUCGACUUAGUUGGUCUUCAAGAGACUCUGAGAGUGGAAUUUCAAAAUAUGAGGUAGCCAUCGGCACAAAAGACAACACGGAGAAGAUACUUCCUUUCACCGAUUAUGGCACAGAAACAACCGCCCUCGUUCUACGGGUUCGAGAGUGA